AACAAACAUUGUCAUGAUAAAUAAAUUGUGUUAAAAGGAAAUAUAUAAAACACAUGUGACAGGUUGCCCUUACAUUUUUAAAUAAUAUCCUUAUCCUGAGAGCAUAGUUUACCAUUUUAAAAACGAUUUUUAUUUAUAAUUGACUUGUAAAAUCCCUUACGGAAAUUCCCAUGGUUCUAUUGCAGUUAAAACAAACAAAAUAUGGCUACUAAAGUUAAACCAUGGUUACUGUAUCAUUCUUACUACCCAUGACGCCAGUUUGUAUUAACAUUUCACUAGUAAAUAAUGUGGAAAGAACAAAGAUUUCACGCUUCAAGUUCCAUGUGAUUUUUAAAAUGCGUUAUUGUAAUAACUCGAGUCGCCUCGUGCCAUCAAGCAUCAGCGCAUAAACGCAUCGAUUACGCCGCUAUGCGCGCGCCUGCCGCGCGUUCACGCUCUGCUGUAGUCUUAUCGGAUGUGUGCGCGAGCCUCAUGUCAGAGCACUGCAGAUGUGACACCUGUAGUUUUUCACAUCUACAUUUCUGAAGUGUCGUUUCAUUCUUUUGGAAAAUAUGAAUGUGGAAUUUGAAGUUCAUCUCCAGAUCUUAUUGGCUGUUGGCUUGGCAGUCCUCUGUUUCUGCCUGAUGAUUGGCUGCAUCAUUUGCUUGUGUCACCAAAAGGCUCUUCCCUUCAAUGACAAGAAGGCGGGGCUAUCCCUAACCUCUGUACCGACUGAUCAUGUGUCUGUGACUAUUAGUUCCUCCCCCUCCAUAAACACGCUGCCAAUCAAACAGCAGUAUGAGGAAUUGGAUGGAGAUGUCAUGGAUUCUCCUUCAUCCAACAGCAGUUCAACAUCUUCAGGAUCAGAUGUUCAAUCCUCGUCUCUGCCUCGCUCUCUCUCUGAACUGAAAGGCUCUUCAAAAUCACGUUUCACACUACGGAGACUAAGUUCUCCCACGGUCUCCUCCACUGUAACUAAACCUGCCGUCCGCGGUCGUUCUUCACUCCCUGUCAUUCCUAAAUUCAGUCUGGUGACAAAGACCCGCAGAGCGCUCGAUCGCAAAAGCGCCAGGGUGGGAGAGAACUGUUUGCAUUCAGAAAGCAGCAGGCUUACCACCUGCCCAUCAUCAUCUGGUUUCCAUUACGGCUCCAGUUCCCUUAAACCCAAACCAUCUCUUCACUUUACCUUGUUUUUCUGUCCAGCAGAGAGCAGACUGACAGUCACCGUUCUGGGUCUCUACAGAGGCUCUAAGAAAAUGAGCGGGGCCGUAAUCAGGGUUUGUUUACCCCCGGUCUGUCCCGCACCAAUGCAGGGCAGCUCAAGACGCAGACGUAGCCUCAGCCCAGAGACACCGGUUCACAUCUUCACCCUGCAGGUGAAAUCAGAGGAGCUUUAUGGUUGCACGCUCAUACUGACAGCGUCCAGCAGGGAUUUCUCUGGAUUGAGAGAGACGGCUUUGGGUGAACUUCAGCUGACGUGUGCAGAAAUCGACUGGCAGCCCGGGUCCACCGUCACUUUCAAUCGUCAGCUCAACACUGCAAGCAGGAGCCUGAGGAAGAGUCAGAGUUCUCAGGAUAAAUUAUUGGAUGUCAGAUGUUCGGUUUGUUCAGGACAACUUUUGAUUCUCCUGCAGUAUCAGACACUGGCACACCGCAUGAAGGUGAUGGUCAGGAAAGCUGAAAAUUUACCCAAACUCAGCAGAAUUCCAGGAAGCCCAGAUCACUAUGUCAUCAUCAACCUACGUCAGAGUGGAAAGGUAAUCAGCACUAAGGAGACGAAGUGCGCCGCUGGUGUGAACGCUGUUUGGAACGCACCCUUCCUGUUUGAUCUCCCGACCGGUGACAUUGACACGCUGCCUCUGCUACUGGAGCUCAUCGUAAUGCAGGGGCGGCUCUACACAAAGAGUUGCAUUCUGGGCCGUGUUCUGAUUGGCUACGAGGCUCCUGAAGCAGGAAAGCAGCAUUGGAAAGAAAUGUGCAGCAGGGUGCAGGUGGAGACGACACACUGGCACGCACUUCAACCUGACACCUUAUAGGCCAGCAAUCCUUAACUGAGACGUCCCCAAACCAGUCCAGUGUCCUGUAACUCCUUCACUGAUUCUCAUUUCGAGUGGACGUUGAUGGUUUGGGGAAAAUAUGUUAAAAUGGACUUGAAUCCUAAUGCCUGUCUUUACAACAGGGUUAUGUUGCUUCAACAGAAGUUGUGCAUUAUAGUUGGUAUGUUAUUGUGUAAAAAUGAAUUUUGUGAGUUGUUUGUUAGCCAGCUUAUUUCUUCUACAUGAUUUGAAACAUCUCUUCAUCAGUAAUUAUAUUAAUGCAUCCACAAAUUGUAUCCACAAUGAUUAUACAGUCAACAUUCACAAAUGCAGCGUUGAUUGACACGCCUCUAAUUCCUAAUUUUGACCUUGUGAAAUUGUUUACCCAUAGGGCAAAAAAUACAUUUCUCUGGCCAAAAAUAUGUAUAUAAGUAUAUGCUAAAUACAUUUUGUAGAAAGUAAAGCUUAAAUAUAUUUUUGGAAUUUGAAAAUAUAUUUAGUUUUAAUCUUCAUAUAUUAACAUUUAAAAAUGUAUUUCAGGGGCAACAAAUACAUUUCUAAGAAAUCAAGAAAAAUUCAAAGCGCUCAGAAAUAGCAGAAGAAAUUAUUUAGAAAAAAUUGAAGGUCCUCUUUGGUAGGCUGUAGGGUAUACAAAACGUCAAAAAAAGGGAAUCCAAGGCACUCUUCGUAUUUCAAAAAAGUAUUAUAAAUAUUUAAACAUGUCUAUAUAACAUUAAAACAUUAAACUGGGCACAGAUGAGAUAGCCUUAUAAAGGCUUUUUAUAAUACUUUUUUGAAAUACAUUUCUAAUUUUGCAACCCAUACGGCAAACAUUUUUUUUUCUCAAAAUAUAAAAGUUUGUAUGAAUGUAUAAAGUAUAAAAUGUAUAAGUAUGUAUGAAAUAUAAAAUUUUUGUUGUUGGAAAUAUAUUUACUUUCAACCUUUUCAAGCCUGUUGUUUACAUAAUAAUACAGAGUUUUUUUUCAAUGCUAUGUGAAUAUAAAUGCUUUAAAAUAUAUUCCAAAAUGUACAAAAAAUUUACAUAUUUUUGAAACACAAAAUACAUACAUGGAACGUAAAAGUGAACAUACAUAAACAUAUAUUUCAGCACAUAUAUUUUUGGCCAUUUUUUGUAUAUUUAAAAAUAUAUUUAAAAUUAUAUUUGAAAAUAUAUAUAUUUUUGCCUUAUGGGUGAAAUUCGUGAACACAUAGUCGAUAUGCGUCCACGUGCUUGCCUACAUCUGCAUGACGUAAUUUUGAUCAACACUGCAGCUCAAUUUUUACCCGGACUGUGCACGCACAACAGCGCAUGCGCGAGAAAAAUGUUGAGAGGAACACUCCACUAUACACAAUGGCAAUAGACAGCAUCUUUUCUUCUUUUAUUUUUACUUUCUUAGAACAGAACGCUAAAGAGCAUUUCCUUCAAUAUAAUGUUUGAUUCCUGAUCUUUGAUUUCUUGUUGUUUGUUCAAAACUUUUUUAUGGUGGAUCCGUUACUUUUCUUCAUAUAUCCUGAACUUGUGAUUGAUCCUUUAAAUGACGCGAAUCAGUGCUGUCCUGACAGCUUUGAACAGGAAUCAUUUGAAGAAGAAAUUCUUUGUAAAUUACAUUUUCAUUUUAAAUUCAGUUUCAUAAAAUGUUUAAAAAGCAUCCAGACAGUACAAACUUAAAUAGUUGAGAAUAAAAAAAAUGGUUAAACCUAUGAACAAUAUGAAAAUUAAAUCAAAUUAGCAUAAUAAAAGUUCUCAACAUAAUGCAACAGUAUUAGCAGUGGGACAAAAGUAGCAAAUGUACUCCGACAGGAACUCCUGACAUUUAAACCCAAUUUACUUUUAUUUUGAAAAACUUUGAGAAGUCAAACUUCAUGUGUUAGAGCACUAAAUAACCUGUAGAUUGAUCAGUACUGUAAACCAUGAAACCAGAAACACAAUAUGUUAUAAGGAAAAAGGGAUUUAGGUAUUUACGUAUCAUGGUUGAAACAGCUUUCUGGACCUACACAUGGAAACUGAUGAUGAAAUAAUGUGAUAUUUGUCAACUCUGUCAAGGGUUGCAUGCUAAAGAUGCUGUCAUAGUUUGAAAUGCAAAUGAAGUCAGGGCUCUGAGAAAAUUUGUUUGUUUCUUUUUUGUCCCGCUUUACUUUCGCCUCGGUUCUCCUAAUAUCAUAUAAAUGAAUAUCAUUAGACUAAUAUUAUGGUUUAGGUUUAUAAUUUAAUAGUAUAUUCAUAAUAGGGGUUUGGUAUUUCAUUCAGAGCUAUGCUCCAUCAGUGAAAAAAGAAAGAAUCGAAAACAACAGUGUCUUUCGACUUCAGAACCAGGAAUCAGAACCGAUUCCAAAAGCCCUACUUUAAAGGUCCCAUGUGUUCAUGUUUCACGUGUAAAAUAAAACUUGUUGAUGUAGACAAGACCGACAUUAUCAAAAUUCCUCCAGCUUUGGUCUCAGCCUGUAAGUUAACUCCUUUUAGCAUUGCAUUGUACUCAAAUCUUUCAAACAUAGUAAGGAGCAUCACAUUUUCGGCUGAUGUCAGAUGUAUUCAGACCAAUCACAAUGUACAGAUUAGCUAGCCAAUCACGGACACAAAGCUUUUUAAAUCUAUGAAGAGAGUGAAAUCUGGAGCUGCAAAAAUGUACGGUAAAUAAUGUGUUUUUUUUAAACCACGCGAACACAUUGUAUUAUACCAGAUACACAAAAUAAUGUUUUUUUAGCAAUGAAAUAGGUGCUCUUUAGUGUGUAAUGUUGCUGUUAGAGCAAAAUGAUAAAGCUCAAAGUUCACUGCCAGGCGAUUUAUUUUCUCUAAGUUUGAAAAAUGGGAUCAGGAAAAACGUGACCUUUACAGACUGAACGGAUGCGGAAAAAGUAAAGGGCUCGUUAUAGUCGUGCGUAGGUCCUACGGCGUAGCUGCGACGGUGUAGGUUCCGCGUCGGUUUUCAUUUAUUUCUUCAACGUGAUGACCAGCCGAUGCCCGACCAACGACCACCGGCUAAACCAGUUUAAUUCGCUUACCCGCCUCCUAUCCCUACCGUUUCUAUAUAUAUAUAUAAAUAUAUAUUAAUUCCUCCCAAGGGUUUUUGUCCUUCUAGGAGUUUUUCCCAUUGGGUUUUUUCCUAGGGGUUUUUUUCGUCCCAGGGAGAGUCAGCCAACUUUGGCUUAACUUAGCACUUUACUGUAUACGUUACAUUAUUAAUAUGCUCACUUGUACGGUUUAACCGCUUUCUCUACUUCUUAUAUUAUUCAUUGAUUUUCUGUGUUCUCCUCUACAUCUUCUCAUGUAAAGCUGCUUUGCAACAAUUAACACUUGUGAAAAGCGCU